AUGGAUGGGGACGUUCAUAUAAGUGGAAGUAAAAGUGACAUUGGCGGUGGUGGCAUCGGCGUGGUCGGCAGCAGCGGAAGUGAUGUAGUUGAUGGCAUCAACAGGAGAGGCCAAGGCAACCACAUGGUUAGUGGCGCCGGGCACAUUGAGAGGGAGGUCCUGGAUAGGGUUGGGUUCUGGGGCAGUGGACGAGGCCUGUGUUUGGUGGAACGUCUGUUACUGUCGUUGCUUCCUGCACAUAUUGCCAUGGAGAUGAAGGCUGAAAUCAUUCAGCGAUUACAAGGACCAAAAUCUGGUCAUUGCCAGCUAGAAAAUACAAAUAACUUUCACAAUUUGUAUGUGAAGAGGCACACAAAUGUGAGCAUAUUGUACGCUGACAUUGUGGGUUUUACACGCCUGGCUAGCGAAUGUUCACCUGGAGAGCUUGUGCACACACUCAAUGAGUUAUUUGGCAAAUUUGAUCAAAUUGCAAAGGAAAAUGAUUGUAUGAGGAUCAAGAUUUUAGGUGACUGCUACUACUGCGUUUCUGGUUUACCAAUAUCUCUGCCAAACCAUGCCAAAAACUGUGUUAAAAUGGGGUUGGACAUGUGCGAAGCCAUAAAGAAAGUAAGGGAUGCCACAGGAGUUGAUAUAAACAUGCGUGUAGGAGUACAUUCUGGGAAUGUUCUUUGUGGAGUCAUUGGAUUACAGAAAUGGCAGUAUGAUGUCUGGUCACAUGAUGUUACCCUAGCAAAUCACAUGGAAGCUGGAGGUGUUCCAGGACACAAAGCCAGGCAGCUUCUUGUGGUUGUCAGUAGUUAUCAGUCAAUGAUGUGCACAUUUUGCAGUAUGGCACAACGUGAUGCCAAUCUGACAGCUGCAGUGGAGAGACGUAGCCCUCAACAACAUUACAGACAUAGACACACUGCAGAUGGAGCCAAAAUGAGAGCCUCUGUUCGAAUGACCAGAUACCUGGAGUCCUGGGGAGCAGCCAAACCCUUUGCACAUUUACACCAUCGAGACAGUAUGACAACUGAAAAUGGAAAAAUCAACACAGUUGAUGUACCUAUGGUUCAGUACCAUUUUCAUCGACGCACAGAAAGGUUAGUGUCUGAUAUCCUACUUCAUAUACAGCUUUGA